AGCUACAACGCGCUGAAUCCCUCGCGCUACGCAAAGAGACCAAGCUCGCAACAACGGCAGAGGGCAGGGGCGCCGCAGACCCUCACCCUCCCGUCCUCGGACUCGCCCCGGGCCGCCCGCUCCGCGUCGGCGAGCACUCCGAAGCUGCCCACGCCGUUGUGUAACAAUACCAUGGUGCGCCAGGCCACGAAGAAGGUCCUCGUCGGCGACGCGGCGAAGCGCUGGGCGCUGACGAUGCCGCCGACGCUGGCCAUGUUCAAGAGCCGCGUGCGGCAGGUCUACGGCCUCGACAGCCGGACGCCCUUCGAGAUCUGGCUCCACCCGUACGCGCGCGGCGCCGCGCCGGGCCGGGGCCGCGAGCUCGUCGCGACCGAGUCGGACUACGCGUGCGUCAUCGACGGCGACGUCCUCGUGCUGCGCCUCGGCGACCGCGAGGUCGCGCCGACGCCGGAGCUCGUGCGCGCCUUCGACGGCGACGUCGAGACGGUCUACGACGCGGACUACCGGAAGCCGGAGCCCGUCAAGGACCUGCGGGGGGCGUCCGUCAGUUCCUCGCGCUACCAGAACUUCCGCGACGCCAUCGACGUGCCGAACCCCUACGUCACGACGUAUAAGACGGCGUUCACGCCCCAGUCGCGCUUCCUCGAGGACUCGCCGCCCAAGGACAAGAUGGCCGCGCACUAUACGUGCCCGCACGGCGCGGCGACGACGACGUACCGCGCCAUGUUCGCCGGCCGCGAGCCGCGCGACUUCCACGACUCGAUCCUCGAGGAGCCGUCCAUCCUCCGGCGCUUCGUGGCGCCCGCGCCGCCCGCGCGCCCGCCCACGACGUCCACGAGCCGCGCCGACUUCGUGGCCUUCCCCCAGGGGCCCAAGCGCGCGCCGGCGCCGCGCGCGCUCGGCCGGGCGCCGCCGGGCGCGCGGUGGAAGCCGAGCGAGUACCGCGCGGCCUACGCCGGGCGCGCGCCCUACGCGGCGCCGGGCCUCGGCGCCGGCAUCCAGUACUCCGUCCUGGGCGACGACCUGAGCGCGGCGCCGUCGCCGCCGCGCUUCGCGACGACGACCUACCGGGGCCACUUCUCGGCGAAGCCCAUGCAGGGCUCGCGCAAGAUCUUCGCCGAGCCCGUUGACCGCGCCGUCGACGACGUCUCCGUCCUCUCCGGGUAG